CCGCCGCAGUUUCACUGCCAUUGGUUGAACGGAGAAGUCGGUGGCUGUAGACGGUUCCGAGGACAUCAUUCAAAUCCGUUCACCCUGGACUGCAGAGGGCUUCGUCACUGCCAGGCCUUGUGGACCAGUGUUUAAGGCCAGCGUUUCCAUACCAGCUUCCAACAAUCCGAGGAGCGGGCUUUCAAUGGAUACGGUUGGGGAUGGAGCUGGAUUGCUUUGAGAACUGAGCCUAGCUUCCAUCCUAGCUUGGAGGAUAUCCUGAAGGGGAGUCACAGUUGACACCAAAGAGUAGAAAAAGGUCCAGAGCUCCUUCGGUGGUGGUUCUACCAAGAUCUCACCAGGACAUCGUGCCCCAACUUCUGCUCCAAACUCAUGGAACCCAAGCGUGGCUGGUCCUGCCCGAGCACCAAACCAUCUUCAUGGGACUCCAAAGCCAAGGUCUGCCCCACAGACAGCGGGGCAGAGGUCCCGGGGCAGGAGAGGAGGCCGUGGAGCUCCUCGUCGUCGUCCGGGGCAGCGGGAGGCGGGGAGGGCCCGAGGAAGAUGAGCUGCCAUGAGGUGGGGACGGCCUGGCAGCCGAGGGCCGGCCACCGCCGCUCCGCCAGCCUGUGCGCCUCGGAGUUCUGGCGGGCGCUGGAGCGGGGCGGGGGCGGGGGCGAGGGCCAGCAGCGGGGCAAGGGGCCGAGCGGCGCCGGGUUGGCCGAGAGCAUCAGGCGGAGGUGCGCGAGCUUCGCGCGGCCGCGCGCCGGGGAAAAGGCGGGAACGGAGGCGGCGGGCGGCGGCGGCGUCGACGGCGGCCGCCCGGCGGCCAAGCGGCAGCCCGAGUGUUGGAAGUCGCUGGUGCUGCAGAAGAUCCAGUCGUUCGAGCAGAUGGUGAAGCAGCGGUGCGGCGGGAAGGGCGAGCAGCAGCAGCCGGGAAGACCCGAGCCCCAGGCUCCUCAGGGGCCUCCCUCACCCGGUCGGUGGGUGGACGAGCCGCCUGGCCUCACGGCGCCGGGGGCCGGAGACGGCAGGUCAAGCCCCGAGGCCGGGUCCCGGCCCCGGCCGCCGGAGGGAAGCCCCGAGGCUGAGGCCGAGGCCGAGCCCCCGCCGUCGCCCGUCCCCCGCUCCGACGACGAGGCCUCGCUGUCCGACGAGUCGGUGCUGACGGUGCAGAGCGACGUGAGCCAGCUGGACAGGAGCUAUUCCAUCAGCCUGGUAGAGCUUCGAGAGUGCGGCUUGGAGCCCCAUGACGAUCUACGGAGAGAUGAGCGACUGGACCACUCCGCCUCGCUGGCCUCCAACAUGUCGUCCAUGUCCGUGGUCUCGCUCAUCCCAGCCGACGAGCUCGACCGACUGCUGGAGGAGGUCAGCUGCCUGGAGGAGGAGACGUUGCAGUUUCCAGAAGAGAUCCAAGUGGUGGUCCUUCACAAGGAGGAGGGGGCAGGGCUGGGCUUUAGCAUCGCAGGGGGAGCAGACCACGAGAACAAGAUGGUAACCGCCCACAAGGUGUUCCCACACGGUCUGGCUGCCCAAGAGGGGACCAUUGACCAGGGAGACGAGAUUCUGUCCAUCAAUGGAUAUUCCCUCAAGGGUGUCACCCACAGCGAGGCUCUCUCCCACCUCCACAAGGCUCGACCUCAGAAACAAGCUAUUGUUGUGGUCCGGAAGGUGGCCAAGGCAGAGAAGGCAGCCAUUCACAAGAGCAGCAGUGCCAACAACAUGCCACAAGGUGGCCAGGUAUCAGAGAGUUUGGGAGAGUGCAUCACAGUGGAGCUGGUGAAAAACAGUGCCGGCCUAGGCUUCAGCCUGGAUGGGGGAAAGGGCUCCAGUCAGGGGGACCGACCCCUCACUAUCAAGAAGGUUUUCCAAGGUGGGGUAGCUGAACUCACCGGCAUGAUCCAGCCUGGAGACCAGCUGCUGUGGGUUAAUGGAGAAGACUGUCACAACCGCACUUGUUACGAAGCUUGGAAUCUGAUCAAAUCGCAGCCAGCGGGCCCAGUUAGGCUGGUAAUCCGGAAGAACCGAGACGGAGUAACCGGGGAGCCGGUAUAGCGGGGUUUUGGAUUCUGCCCUGGGGGAGCAAGGGUAACCCCCUGCCUUGACAGACAGGACAGCUUUAGCAGAUCUUGGUGACAUCUCCGCAAAUCAGGGACUGUGACAAUUUCAGCCCAGCAGAAACUCGAGUGUCCAGCGAAAUGCUGACAUUUAUCCCAAGAUGGGAUCAUCACACAGGUGGAAAGGACAGCCCUCCACAGCUGUCACAAGCUCCAGUCACAUGUGGAGUCGCACCUGCCCUCGGCUCUGGAGAGAGAGAGAGAGAGACAGCUGGGGUUAAGUCCCAAUUAAUUCAUGAAGUGAGGAUGUGUGUUCCCUCAAAGGUUCUAACGCGAGUUGGACCUGUGAAGAAUGUAUAUUGUUUUCAUCAGAAAAUUAAAGACUUUAUUUCUUUAAACCAGAAAACUAUGCAAAGACAGACUGCAAUUAGCAUCACUCCAGUAAAUUCACUCCUGAUUGUACACGAACUAGAACCUCCAAUAUCAAACAAGAUAUGUUCCCUGUACGUUCUCCCUAAGGAUGCCCCUUGACUAAGGGUGAUCUGCAUCACCAGCUCCUGGCUCUUGGAAUGAGUUAGUCAGCAAUAUUUGGCUGGUUUCCAGUGCAUCAUGGAGGUCUCUUCAACCUCUUCCAGCUGUAAAAGGCAUGGGUGCAUAUCCCCAGGAGCAACCUGCAGAGUCACAGUGCAGCAGGUGGAGCUCAUAGCUCCAGCAACCCGGGUUUGAUCCUGACCCUCCGGCACUGUGUGUGUGUGUGUGUGUGUGUGUGUGUAGUUUGCAUGUUCUCCCUGCAACUGCAUGGGUUUCCCCUGGCUGCUCUAGUUUCCUCCCACAUCCCAAAGACAUUGUUGGUAGGUUAAUUGGCUGCUGUAACUUGCCCCUUAGUGGAGGUAACACAGCAAAAGGACAGUACAGCACAAUACAGGCCCUUCGGCCCACAAUACUGUGCCGACCUUUAAACCUCGCCCAAGACUAUCUAACCCCUUCCUCCCACAUAUCCCUCUCUUUUAAAUUCCUCCAUAUGCUUAUCUAGCAAUCUCUUGAAUUUGACCAAUGUACCUGCCUCCACCGCCACCCCAGGCCGCGCAUUCCAUGCUCCAACUACUCUCUAGGUAAAAACCUUCCCCUGAUAUCUCCCUUGAACUUCCCACCCAUUACUUUAAAGCCAUGCCCAAGCCAGAAGCAAAGGGGAGAACAAGGCAUGUGAAAGAGAAGUUGUUACACGGGACUGGAACUGCUGGGAGCUGGCAUGGAUCUGAUGGGCUAAAUGUUCUCCUGUGUUAUAAAUAAGUCCUUUACGUGCUAAUGGAGAUGAACCCAAUCACUGAAGUAGGCACUCCUUUGAAUUGUACUGGUGUACAAAGUUCCUGUAGCCCUGUGAAUUAUUCAGUUAUCCACACGCUGGGGGCAACUUACAGCAGCUAAUUAACCCACCGACCUGCAAGUCUUUGCGACGUGGGAGGAAACCCACACAGUUACAGGGACACUCAUUGGGCUGAAUGGCCUAGCUCUGCUCCAAUAUCUUAUGGGCAGCAUGCAAUCUCCACACAGCACUGGAGGUCAGGAUCGAACCCAGGUUCCUGUGAAUUAUUCCCUCUCCAGUGUUGAUUUGAAUGCACUGACUGACUUCCAUCGUUGUAGGUUUUUUUUGCAUCCUCUAUAUCCAUCUUAGUGUAGUUGUCCGCGGAACUUUAUAAGUGUGUUCAAUCAAGGUUUGAUACAGGUUUAGUAUAAAUCUAUUUUUAAUUCUAUCCCUCCAGAAAUAAACCCUAGUGCUUGGUUUGCAGUUAUCAAGGCAACUUUUAGUUGGUGUAUUAAUACUUCAAAAUGUCGUACUUCUUCCAUCCCACCUAUACUCCCACCUUCCAAGUAAUAAGUGACCUCCCCAUUCUUCCUAUCAGAACGUACAACCUGGUAUUUGUCUGCGAUUGAAGGUCUGCAAGUUAGAACCAGAGUGGUGCAGAAGGUAGAACUACUGCCAGGUUCAAUUCUGAUCUCUGGUGCUAUCUCUGCGGAGUUUUAAUGUUCUUCCUGUGACUGCAUUGGUCCACUGGUUUCCCAAAGAAGGUCGGUAGGUUAAUUGGCUGUUGUAAAUUGCCCCUGGGUUGAGGGGAAUGUGGGGAGAAUAAUAUUGGAUUAGUGUAAAUUGGCGUGGCUGUGGUGAAGGAUGCUGUAUGACUGCAUUUCACCAUAUAUUAGUAUCUUCCUAUAAACUCUGGAGGCGAGCUGUCAGUAAAUCUGACUGGGAAUUCAGGAGAAAUUUCUCUAACCAGAGGUGGGGGUGGAUGGAGUCGAAUCAAUAGGUUUUUGAGGAAGGGAGCGAUUGUGCCAUCUGCUGGUGAUUAGGAGGCCCACCGUUCUGGAUACAACAAGAGAGGAACAAGUCAGAAGGUAAUUGAUGCAACACGCACAAAAUGCUGGAGGAAUUCAGCAGGUCAGGCAGCAUCAAUGGAGAGAAAUAAACAGUCGAUGUUUCGGGUCAAGACCCGGAAUUAGUUUAUUAUUGUCAAGUACUGAGAUGCUGUGAAAAACUUUGUUUUGCGUGCCAUCCAUUCAGAUCAUUCCAAAUGUAAGUACAUCAAGGUAAUAUAAAGGGAAAAGCAAUAACAGAAUGCAGACUAUAGUGUUAUAGUUACAGAGAAAGUGUAGUGCAGGUGGACAAUAAGGUGCAAGGGCUAUGAUAAGGUAAAUUGAGAGAUCAAGACUUUAUUGUAGAGGAGGUCAGUUCAUAUAACCGCAGGAUAGAAGCUGUACUUGAGUCUGUAGUAUGUGCUUUCAAGCUUUUCUAUCUUCCACGACGGGAGAGGGGAGA